AUGGUUAUUGACGAAUGCUGGGAAAACCUCUUGCUUUUGAUUGGCUCGGGAGAGGGUUAUCGCCCGUUUGGCGGGAUCCCAAUGGUCCUGUUCUUCGGGGACUUCUUCCAGUUCGACCCCGUCCUGCAGACCAGCCUCCUCUUGCCGGCGGCGCCCAGGGACCGUGGCGGACAGAGACCGGAAAGCUUGGCGAAGCAUCUCGCAGCGCACAGGCUGUUCCUCCAGUUCACAACCGUUGUCAUCCUCCAGGAGCAGGUCCGCGCGGCUGGUUGCCCAAGGCUUCGGGGCUUCCUCGGGCGCCUGCGCAACGGCGAGCAGACCGAGCUGGACUUCCAGCGGCUCAGUCAACGCCUUUAUACACCGUCGUGCAAGGCGUCCUUCGUAGACGGUCUGAGAGCCAUCACGCCCCUGAACCAAGACCGGUGGGACCUGAACAUGGCCGCCGUUGUCCAGUGGGCUCGUGCCCACGGCAAACACAUCUCCAUCUUUGUGGCCAAGCAUGACACCGAUUCGGGGAAGCGACUAAGUGUGGAAGAGCUGUGCCGCGUGCUUCGCUACGGAGACGACUCCCAGUUGCCAACCCCGGGCCUGUUCUUCUACGCUCAAGGGAUGCCGGUGGCGGUGACUCGGAACCAGUUUGUCGGGCUAAAGGUGGUCAACGGGGCGCCUUUCAAGGCCGUCGACAUCUUUCCCGACCUCGCCGCCGGCACCAUCGCGCUCGCCAGCGAUGUGACUCUUCAUCUUGGACCGCCGGUGGCCGUCCUCCUUCAGUCAGACGACAGCGCGGGCCUCGCCAUCCCCGGGCUCCCCAAUGGCACGAUCCUGAUCAAGAGCAAGACGGUCGCCAUCCCGAGCCAAAUGCGGGGCAAAGAAGGCAGAUGGAGGGGCAAGCCGGGUUUCAGGUGGGUUACCCACAGAACCGGGCCUCUCUACACCCCGGCCUUCGCUAUGACAGAUCAGAAGAGCCAAGGCAAGCAGUUCUCCAACGUCCUCAUCAACCUCAAAGGCGUCCACUCCAGUGGCACGGCGACGCGGCCCAGCUUCAUGAGCCUGUACGUGCAGCUGUCGAGGGCGCAGAGCUGGGACGGGCUGCAUCUGUUACGGAAACCGGCGCGCGGCGACUUUAUCGAGCCCAAGAAUGUGCUUGACAAAGACAUGAGGGAGGCCAUCCUCAAGCUGGAACGACGGGGUGAGGAGACCAGACGGCGGUUCGAGCAAGACCACAGGCACGAGUCGUGGUUUCAAGAAUGGGAGGCCAUGCCUGAAUCUGGCCAGGGGACUGAAACCGAUGACGUAGAGGACGCGGCGCUCUGGCGAGACCCUGGGGUUUCCGAGCUCAGAUCGUAG